CGUAGUGUGACAACACAACGUAUGUUUGACGUUGUAAAUUUUGGUAUUGUGAACAUAUAAAAAUUAUUAAAUGUAGAAAAAAUGUUGACGAAAUCAAAUUUUAAGAAGUAUUUAGCAUCAUUUAUAUUUAUUACUAUAUUCCUAAUAAUUUUUUUAGACCUACCAAUUUUAUGUCAUAGUUUAUGUAAAGAUGAGAAACCGGCAUUUAAAUAUUCAAAAGAAGCAAAUGCUAACAUUCCCACAAAAAGUGAUCCCCUCGUUCAACGUAGUGUCAGUGAUGUAUGGUUCUAUGCAUUAGGUUCUACGUUUCUUAUAAGUGUUGCACCAUUUUUCAUAUUAUUUUUCAUUCCAUUAGACGGCACAGAACAGAAAAAACCUUUGUUAAAAGUGUCGCUAGCGUUUGCGUCCGGUGGUUUGUUAGGUGAUGCAUUUUUACACUUAAUACCACAUGCGACUAUGUCCCCAGACCCGUCAGGAGGACAUACACAUUCGCAUUCACAUUCUCAUUCGCACUCACACGGGCAUUCACAUGGAGAUGAAGAAGGUCACGCGCCACAUGAUAUGUCUGUGGGUUUAUGGGUUUUGGCUGGUAUCGUCACAUUUUUAGCAAUUGAAAAAGCAAUGCGAAUGGUAAAAGGAGGUCAUGGACACUCACAUUCCAAAAUUCCGUCUGGCUUAAAUAAUAAAUCAAAAGAACAAGAGGGAGGGACUAAAAAACUUACAGAAGCUGUAGACGAUGGUAAAAAAACUGAUUUACAAGCAGGAAUCAAACCAGAAAGAAGCGAUAAAGAAACAACUACUGACGAAUUAAAACCAACUCCACCGACAGAUUCAGAAACUGCUGGAAUUAAUCCAACUGACACAGAUGGUAACCAAACUUGUGUACAAAAUGCUGAAGAAGAUAUUGCAGUAGCUGGUUAUUUAAAUUUAGCUGCUGAUUUUUCACAUAAUUUUACGGAUGGAUUAGCUAUUGGUGCAUCCUAUUUAGCUGGUAAUAGUGUGGGUUUGGUAACAACAUUAACCAUACUCUUGCAUGAAGUACCACACGAAAUUGGUGAUUAUGCAAUUCUAAUACAAUCUGGAUGUUCUCCAACAAAAGCAAUGUGGUUACAAUUAACAACAGCACUUGGUGCCAUGUCUGGUACAGUGAUUUCGUUAUUAACUCAAACAACAGAUACUGAAUCAACGAAUUGGGUUCUACCAUUUACAGCUGGUGGUUUUAUAUAUAUUGCAUUAGUGUCUGUUAUACCAGAACUUUUAGAUGAUUUACAACCGCAAAAGUUUUGUCAAUCUAUAUUAGAAAUAGGUGCGUUAUUAUGUGGAGUAUACAUGAUGGUUAUAAUUGCCGAAUACGAAUGAACUUUGUGUAUAGAUAUACAUCACAAUUAGAUUAAUCAACAAAUUGUUUUUAUA